GUUGGGAAUGGGGAAAGUCCUGAUGUGUGUAUGUAUCCUGUCUCUCAGUGGUCUGCAGGAGAGAGGGAACUCCUCACCCACCGCGAGCUGAGUAAGUCCUCCAUUUAUCUUCGGAAGAGUCCUUUCUGGACAUGGACAGUAGACCGUACACACAGCUUCAAUGGAGGGACUGAGAGCUCUCGGACUAAAUCUAAAAUAUCUUAAACUCUGUUGCGAAGAUAAACGGAGGUCUUACUGGUUUGGAGCGACAUGAGGGUUUUUGUGAGCAGCAGUGGAAGAGGCUGUGACAUGGAGAGUGUAUAAAUGACUACACCAAACAUUUGAUAUGGAGGAAAUGGAGAAAACAGUGGAUCUGGAAAAACUUCUUUGAUAAGUUUCCAGAACAUUUCUCCACAGCAUGUGACAUCUUGUUUGACGUCAUCAGCACCUCGUAGCCAUGCGGUACACAACACUGUUGACCAUCCUGGCAGCUGUGCUGCUGUAUUUGGUGUUGGGGGCUCUGGUGUUCGGCUGGCUGGAGUCGUCCAGGGAGGAAUGGGCUCACCGUGAGCUGCUGAUGUCUCAAAUGGCUUUCCUACAGAACCACAGCUGCGUCACUCCUUACAGUCUGAAAGAGUUCACAGAGAAAGUGGUGGAUGCCAUUGAAGCAGGUGUGGAUGGCAGAAGCACAUCAAAUUAUACCAGCAGAUGGGAUCUAUCCAAUGCUUUCUUCUUCUGUGGUACCAUCAUAACCACUAUCGGCUUUGGAAACAUCUCGCCCAAAACUAAAGGUGGUCAGUUGUUCUGUAUAUUUUAUGCUCUGGUGGGGAUCCCCAUGUUUGGGAUACUGUUAGCAGGGGUUGGAGACCACCUGGGGACCCUUUUGAGGAGAGCGGUGGCAAAGACAGAAACUCUGUUCUUGCGCAAGGGUGUGAAGCCCACCAGUGUCCGUGUAAUCUCCGCUGUCUUCUCCAUCCUGAUUGGCUGCGUAGUCUUCCUCGCGGUGCCCACCAUGGUGUUUCAGGAAGUGGAGAGCUGGAGCCUGUUGGAAGCGGUGUACUUUGUCGUGAUCACCCUGACCACGGUGGGCUUUGGGGACUAUGUGGCAGAGAACAGGAGAGAUGGAACGCCCCUGUACAAGCCCUUGGUGUGGUUGUGGAUAGUGUUCGGUCUGGCGUAUUUUGCAUCCAUCCUCACAAUGAUUGGAAACUGGCUUAGAGUGCUGUCAAAGAAGACGCGUGCAGAGAUGGAGGAGCUGAGAGCCCAUGCAACAGACUGGACUCAGAACAUCCAGAACAUGUCCAUGGACUUCCGUAUUCCCGUGCCACUGGAUCUCAACGACCCUUUUCAGCUCCAACGGCGGCGUAGACGGAAACGACACCGCCAUCAUCGCCAUCCAAGACUGAGAGCAGCGGGAUUGUCUCAUGGGAUCUCCCUCGAUGCCGAUGUUGUCCGAGAGAAUGGACACCUGAUUCUCGGAUGGCCUGCAUGUAAGUACACCCCAGGUUCUGAUAUCAGGUCUGAAGCGCUGUCCCGAUCCAGGUCCUGGGGUAGGUUAGAUGGGGCGUAUGAGGUGAGACCAGGAUCGAGGCUGAUGGUGGGACCAGCGUCAAGAUCCAUCUCAAGGUUAGAGCUGAGAUCACCAUCAAGACCCGGGUCCAGAGCCAUUUCCAGGUCCCCUUCAGAAUCUGGAACAGGAUCAGUCUCUGGAUCCGAGACGCCGUCGGAAUCCUGGUCUGAAUAUGAAUAUGGUUCAAAUUCCCGUAACUCAGAAGACCUGGAAUCUGGAGCUGAAGGGACCGGAUCACUGGGAAGUCAGAAGGAUGUUCCUGCCGUCGUGGUUGAUAGCUGCAGUCCACCUCGUCCCUCCCUCCUGGACUUCUUUGGAGAGAACCUGGCGUACAUUGAUGAGUCCUCAGACGCUCUGAGUGAUCGGAUCAAACCAGCUGGACAGAACCGCCAACGCAAAGCCAAGAGGAGGAGCAUGACAAGACAGACUCCCCACUCAGAUCCUGUAGGACUGCAGAGGGAGAUCAGUAAUGAACUACAGCCUCCAUCACACCCUCCAACACCUCCACCUCCAACCUGACAAAUAAGUGUUUGACCACGAGCUGUUAGCUUUCAGCAUCACAGUUUGAGGAUGCCAAACGUGACUGAUGCAGACCAUCACAAAUACACAUAUAAAUAGAGCUUAAAUGAAAAUUAUUUGCUCAUGUACAAAAACAAUUUAUUUCCUCCCAUGCAAACAUAGUGGCUUUGUUCAGAAUAGCUCACUACCAUUUGUGCAGGAUGUACUUGUGUCAAAAGUUUGGGAUAAGACUUCUUUUUUUUUUUUAUGUCCAAGGCUGCAUUUAUUUAAUCAAAAAUACAGUAAAAACAGUAAUAUUGUGCCUUUUUUUUUAAAUUCAGAAUAACUUUUCUAUUGUAAUGUAUUCUAAAAUGUUAUUUAUUUCUGUGAUGCAAAGCUGAAUUUUCAGCAUCAUUACUCCAGUCUUCAGUGUCACAUGGUCUUUCAGAAAUCAUAAUAAUAUGAUGAUUUGCAGCUCAUAUAUAUAUAUAUAUAGUUUUUCUCCAGCGUUUAUUUGAAAUGUAAAUGUUUGUAACAUUAGUCUGUAAAUGCUUUAACUGUUGCUUUAAAUCAAUUGAAUGCAUCUUUGCUGAGUUAAAAUAUGAAUUUCUUUAAAAAAUAAUUUACUGACCCCAAAGGCCUACCGCAUUUUCUGAAAUGUGCAAAAGACAAUAGAGCACACUAUAGUGCUGCAGCCUAUCCCACAAUGCAAUUUGCUUAUAUUUUCCAAUUGGAGGACAUUUCAGCAAUGUGAUUAUUCAGCAAAUCAGAUGUUUGUUUUAAUGUUUCAUUAGUCACUGCCACCUUUUGUCAUAUCUUAGUCAUAAUAUUGAAUAUUAUGAAUUCACUGUAAAUUGUAUGUUGUCAGUGAGAUAGCUUACCAUUUUGAUUUGUAACCACAAAAAUGUUUUUAGGAGUGAUAUUUUAUUUGAACUGCUUGUUAAUUUUUCCCUAGUAGUUUUUGUAGUAUUAUAUGAUUUAGAUUAUUUUUUUUAAGUUUUUAUUUAGCAUGAUAUACUUUCAGGAAAUAGGAUACAAUUUGUUGUAAGAUUAGCACAUUAUUUAUUGAAAUGUCAGUUUAUUUGUG